AUGGACGGUAUAAUAGCUAUGCUUCCUGCUCCAUUCCAGAAAAUCUCUUCUCAUAUGGAUUUUCCUGGACAAAAAGCUGCUGAACGAACAUAUCAAGUUAUCUUGGUCAUAGCAGGCAUCGUUGGUUUUUUCGUUGGAAACCAUACCCAACAACUUUCUCAUGCUAUUUAUACCGUCCUAAUUGGAGCUGCCCUCUCAGCAUUAGUUGUAAUUCCACCUUGGCCAUUCCUUUUCCGACUUAAUCCAAUAGCCUGGUUACCCGUGGAAAACGCUGAUGACUCUGCUAAAAAGGCAACUGUGGAAACAAAGAAGAAGAAGAUGAUCAGAAGACUUUCAAAUGUAUCAAAGAUAGCAAUUCGAUGUUCACAGUUACGAGCGUCGUCAACAAAUUUUUUAACAAGUGCAACACCUUCCUCCUUACAUGCUCAGCACUCGUUUUAUCCCCAAAUUAGGUUUUACAGUUCUAAUUCUAAUAACAACAAUGAUAACAAAGAUGAACCAAGUUUAGAUGUGAAUGGUGACUCUGAGUCAGCUCUUAUAGAGCGAAGUGAUUUCCAACAUGGAAUGAGCACAAUUGAGGUUCCUGAUAGCUUUCCCAUAGUACCGAUAAUUGCGAUCAAUCGCUAUCCUCUUUUUCCGGGUUUUAUAAAGAAAGUUGAUAUUGUAAAAGACGAAGUCCUUAAAGAAGUUAUUCGUAAUCGAAUGAAGCUACGACAACCUUAUUGUGGUGUUUUCGUAAAAAAGGACGACGAGAAUAAAGACGAAACCGUGACUUCUAUUUCACAGAUACAUUCCGUUGGUACAUUUGUUCAGAUUAUUGAAAUGAGGGAUCAUGGAAAAGUACUGGAACUAGUUUUGAGUGCUCACCGUCGAAUUCGUUUAUUGGAACAGUUUACGGAAGAGGCGAGUGAAGAAUCUGUUCCGAAGAAUAUAAAUGAGAGAAGAAGUCGCCGGAAACAAGUUCCUGUGCCACCUUCGACGCGUCCACAACAACAGGAUAAAUCGAGUAUUGUAUUAGGCAAAACGGAAAACGUAGCUUCUGAACCGGCUCUCAGGAAUACGGAAACAAAAGCAAAAAUGCAAGCUAUCGUUCAAAUCAUAAGAGACGUUGUUCAAUACAAUACUUUAUUCGGUCAACAAAUUAACUUACUUCUUCAUCCUUCUCAAAAUGUUAUCGAUAAUCCAGUGUAUUUAUGUGAUCUCGUUGCUACUCUAGUGCAAUCUGCUGAAACAUCAGAGUUACAGCAAAUGAUGGAUGAAGUUCAAGUAAACAAGCGAUUGGAUCUCGCUCUAGAGUUAGUUGAGAAGGAAAAAACAGUGGCUAAGCUCAAGUUUGAUAUCAAUAAAGAUGUUGAGAAAAAAGUUCAAGACCAGCAUAGAAAGUAUUUGCUCCAAGAACAGUUGAAAAUUAUAAAGAAAGAAUUGGGAUUGGAGAAAGACGACAAAUCUACAAUUAUUGAUAAAAUGGAAGAAAGGUUGAAAGAUUUGAAAGUUCCCGAGUACGCUAUGAAAGUGAUCAAGGAAGAGCAACAGAAGCUGCAGUUUUUGGAUCCUCACUCAAGCGAAUUCAGUGUAACCAGAAAUUAUUUGGAUUGGCUGACCAAUAUCCCCUGGGGCAUAACAACUGAAGAAAACACGGACUUAGGCAAAGCUAAAGAAGCUUUGGAUAGUGGUCAUUAUGGGAUGAAAGAUGUGAAAGAAAGGAUUCUGGAAUUCAUUGCUGUCACAAUACUGAGAAAACAUGUUAGUGGAAAGAUUUUGUGCCUGCAUGGACCUCCAGGCGUUGGCAAAACUAGUAUCGCCAAAUCCAUAGCUGAUGCUUUGAAUCGUCAAUAUUUCCGAUUCUCUGUAGGGGGGAUGACAGAUGUUGCCGAAAUUAAAGGACAUCGCAGAACGUAUGUUGGAGCUAUGCCAGGCAAAAUGAUUCAGUGUUUGAAGAAGGUCAAAUCUGAAAAUCCAUUAGUUCUUAUCGAUGAAGUGGAUAAACUUGGGGGAGCUGGUCAUCAUGGAGAUCCUGCUAGUGCUCUUCUCGAGUUACUGGAUCCGGAACAAAAUGCUAAUUUUAAUGAUCAUUUCUUGGACGUACCAGUAGAUCUAUCCAAAACUCUGUUCAUAUGUACCGCUAAUGUUAUCGAUCAAAUCCCAGGACCAUUGAAAGACCGUAUGGAGCUUAUCGAUGUUAGUGGUUACUUGGCAGAGGAGAAAAUCGCAAUUGCUCAAAAAUACCUUAUACCUCAUGCUAGAACAGAUACUUGUAUUCAAGAAGACCAGCUUCAAAUUAAUGAUGACGCAGUAGAAAGGUUGAUAAAACAAUACUGCCGAGAAUCAGGAGUGAGGAACUUGCAGAAGCAUAUUGAGAGGAUUUUCCGCAAAGGAGCUUUGCAAAUUGCAGAACGUAAGGAGAAGGGUUCUGCCGAAGAAGCUAUUUGUGUCAGCCCUGACAAUCUUGAAAAGUUUGUUGGAAGGCCCAAGUUCACAUCAGAUCGAAUGUAUGACCUAACUCCACCUGGCGUGGUUAUGGGUUUGGCAUGGACUGCAAUGGGAGGAUCGGCUCUGUACAUUGAAACAGUUUUGAAAAGACCUGUUGAUUAUAAAAAUGAUAAGGAAGGAUCUGUUGAGAUUACAGGAAAUUUGGGAGAUGUCAUGAAGGAGAGUGUACGUACUGCUUUAACUGUUGCAAAAGGAAUUUUGAGCAGAGAAGAUGUAGAAAAUAAGUUCUUCGACAAAGCUCAAAUUCAUAUCCAUGUUCCAGAGGGAGCAACUCCUAAGGAUGGACCUUCCGCCGGUGUGACAUUAGUUUCUUCUCUUUUGUCACUCGCGAAAGAAAAGCCUGUAUCACAGGAUAUGGCUAUGACAGGAGAAAUUUCUUUGACAGGAAAAGUACUCCCAGUAGGAGGAAUACGAGAGAAAAUAAUCGCGGCUCGACGAGUUGGUGCAAAGCGCGUCUUCCUACCAGAAGAAAAUCGUAGAGAUUUUGCUGAUCUUCCAGACUUCUUAAGAAACGACCUUGAUGUCCGAUUCGUUGCACAUUUCAACGAUAUGUAUAGUAACUUGUUUGAUUAG